GGAGUCACUCCUCCUCCUCCUCAUCAUCAUCACCUUCCUCCUCCUCCCCUCCGGAGGCUGAAAACACCAUCGCUCAUCCCGGGCCGUGACAUUUUCCAGCCUGUCGCCGCGUGCGCGGACAGCGAGCGCAAAGAGCCAAAAAGGGAGAAGAAGAAGAAGAAGAAGAAGAAGAAGAGGGUGGGGGGGAUCUUCCGUCCACAGCACCGAGCAUCCCCGACGCCCCUACCCGGAGCGAGAGGCGCCGCAGGAAGCCGCUGCGCCCUCCUCCCAGCCCACCAGGACUGGAUCUUGUCGGAGGCGGCGGGAGGCAGCGGAGGACUGGAUCCGAGCGGCGCGUCGUCUUCUCCGGCGUAGAUCUGGCUGUCGAGGCGCAUGGAGAAGAGGUAUGAAGAGCUGGUGCAGUACUCAGGGUCGGAGGGCAUGUUGGUGGGGGGGUACGGGGACGACGUCAGGGCGCUCCCCCCCCCGCAGUACGGCCCUGCCAUCCCCGACUCCCUCAAACACCACAAAGACCAGAUCUACGGUCACCCACUCUUCCCACUGCUGGCCUUAGUGUUUGAGAAGUGCGAGCUGGCCACCUGCUCCCCUCGAGACCCCUCCUCCUCCCUGUCCGUCCCCUCCCACCUCCCCGGCAUGGCCAAUCACAGCGACGUCUGCUCCUCAGAGUCCUUCAACGAUGACAUCGCCGCUUUCGCAAAGCAGAUUCGCUCAGAGAAACCCAUUUUUUCCUCCAACCCUGAGCUGGAUAACUUGAUGAUCCAGGCCAUACAGGUUCUUCGUUUUCAUUUACUGGAGUUGGAGAAGGUUCACGAUCUGUGCGAUAAUUUUUGCAAUCGUUACAUCACCUGCCUGAAGGGGAAAAUGCCCACAGACCUGGUCCUGGAUGAGCGGGAGGGGGGCUCCAAGUCUGACAUGGAGGACUUUGGAGGAUCCUGCACCAGCCUUUCAGAGCAGAAUGUGUCGUGGUUACGAGAGCCGGAUGAAUGUGCCACCACCCCUCUGGGAACACCAGGCACCUGUGGGCUGCCUUCACACAACACAGCCGACAACUGCAGCGACGCAGGCGACGGUCUUGACGGAGGAGUGGCGUCCCCCAGCACAGGAGAGGAGGACGAGUGCGACAGAGACAGGAGGAACAACAAGAAGAGAGGCAUCUUCCCUAAAGUGGCCACAAACAUCAUGAGGGCGUGGCUCUUCCAGCACCUCACACACCCGUACCCGUCGGAGGAGCAGAAGAAGCAGCUGUCGCAGGACACGGGGUUGACCAUCCUGCAGGUCAACAACUGGUUCAUCAACGCCAGGAGGAGAAUAGUUCAGCCGAUGAUUGACCAGUCAAACCGCUCAGGUCAGGGGGGUCCCUACAGUCCAGAGGGAGCAGCUCUCGGGGGCUACGGGCUCGACGGGCAGGCCCACCUCGGCCUUCGAACAGCAGGUCUCCAGGGAAUGUCCUCCCUGCAGGGGGACUAUCCCAGCGCUCUGCUGUCCCAGCCCGGAUACCCUCCGCACCCGGGGCCGUCCCUCCACUCGUACCCCGGCCCGCACCCUCACCCCGCCAUGCUGCUCCACCCGGCCCCACACGCACACCCCGCAGAGCCGCUCCUCGCCCAAGGACUGGACAUACACGCCCACUAGCUGUGUGGAGGGGAGGAGGGUGAGCGUGAAUGAGUGUGAGGCAGAUUUAUUGUGUGUGUGUGUGUGCUCGUGGAUGUGCGCAGGGCUGUGUAAUGACUCAUACAGUACACUAUUUAAAGACAAAUGGCUUUGAAAGUUUACAUUCCUCCCCGAUGGACCCUGACCUCAAUGUAGCUGAUCCACUUACACACACACACACACACACACACACACUUACACACAAACACACACAC